CUUUGUCUCUUUCUCUCGUUCGUGUUUUAUUUUAUUAUACGACAAAAAUAUAAUUUUUCCUUUGUUUUGUCAUGGUCACGUUACAUAUUAUUACCUAUCAUCAUAUAUUACAAUAUCAAAUACGCCUACGAUAAUAUUUGGAUUAUUCGAAAGCGUCAUAAUAAAAACGUGCGAUCAAAUCUAGUAUAUUUCACGGACAAAGACGACUUUUACUGUUUCUCUCUCUCUCUCUCUCUCUCUCUCUUUCUUCCUUCCUCUUCCCCCACCCCUCCACCAUUUCCUCUCUGUUCCUCUACUUCGCUUGUAUAUAUUUCUUCUAUUUCUCUCUCUCUCUCUAUCUAUCUAUCUAUAUAUAUCUCUCUCUCUCUCUCUUGUUCUCGUUCUCCUCACCUUUCUUUUUUUGUCUUUCUCUUUCGUCGACCCUGAGUGCGUUCUCUGCGAACAGCUGUGUUGGAUUGUGCAAUGCCUGUGUUCCGACAAGCAAAAUAGACCUCCCCACCCUUUCUACCAUCUUUUACCAAUGCACUUUCCCAUGAAGAUAAUUGCCGAUGAAAGAAAAAUGUCUGCUGAUUCACCAAGACGCAGCGUUCAUAAAGGAGCCCAAGUUGUUACACCUCAACCGAUAGUUGAUCGGUCAAUAAUUGAUAGCGUCGCUGGAAUUAUAAAUGACAUUGUUCCGCAGAAUUUCUUUUUCCAGUCGUAUACUGCCCCCAACACAGAUAACAAAGAAUCCAUUAGUUGGGCUAGAUUUGAAUAUGCAGAUGUAAAUGAUCCUGCGUUGUAUACCGAAUUUACUGAAGGAUCAAGUACACCGCCAUUGUUGUUAGUGCUUGGUUAUUCUACGGGUGUACAGAUAUGGCUAAUAUCUGCAACAGGAGAAGCAACAGAAAUUCUAUCAUGGCGACAAGGAAUAGUGCGUACUUUAAGAGUUAUACCAAAUCCGAAGACUGAUUCCAAAUACUUUGAUCUAUUUGAACCGAAACGGCCAUUAGUAGCGAUAUGCGACUCGGCUGGACCGGGACCACAGUUUUGCAACAUAAGCUUCAUCUCGCUAAAAACUGGUGAUCAAAUAAAAAAUAUUAAGUUCAAAAAUCCUGUAUGCGACAUUUUGGCCAAUAGAAGAUCCAUAGUUGUAACAUUUUCCGAGAAGAUAGCAGUGUUUGAUGCAAGAACAUUAGAAGAUGUAAUAUCAAUAACUACGUGUUAUCCCAGUCCUGGACCAAAUCUGAAUCCUGUUGCGUUAGGAACAAGAUGGCUUGCUUACAGCGAAAAGAAGUUAUUACCAGCUAAAAGAAGCAGUGGCGGUUGUGCAGGUGAAGGCGUACAAAGUUACACAGCUACAGUUUUAUAUGCUGCUAAAUCAUUAGGAAAAGGUUUACGUGGUUUAGGAGAAACAGUAGCAUCAAGUUUAACAGGAAAUUCAGUGUCACCAUUAGCCACUAAUAAUACGAGCAAUGAUGUCACACAACCAGGCUUAAUUACGAUAUUAGAUUUGCAAGCAGCAAAAGAGGCAAAAGAUUUGGAUGAUCCAACCAUAGAGACAGUAAUAGCUCAUUUCACUGCCCAUACUGAAGCGAUCGUUGCUAUGACUUUUGAUUCAACUGGUGCGUUAUUAAUGACCGCUGACAAACGCGGACAUGAUUUUCACGUAUUUAAAAUUCAGCCUCAUCCUGGUGGUCCUACAUUAGCAGCAGUUCAUCAUCUUUAUAUUUUGCACCGUGGAGAUACCACAGCUAAAGUACAAGACAUGACAUUCUCAGCUGAUACUCGUUGGGCUGCUGUUUCAACAGUUCGCGGAACAACCCACGUUUUCCCAGUUGCGCCCUAUGGUGGAUCCGUAGGAGUGAGAACUCAUUUAACUCCGCACGUAGUAAAUAGACUUUCAAGAUUUCAUAGAAGUGCAGGCUUAAUGGAAGAUGGUACCAGAUCCCAUUCACCUAUUUUACAUUCUGAAUUACCUUUAUCCAUCUAUCCGUAUUCCAAUCCCAGACUUCCACCGUAUCCUAACCCAAUAAGUCUGGGUCCUUUGGCACAAAUUAGACAACCGUCAACAUUGAAUCAUACCAACAGUCAAACUCAACCAAGACCACAGCAAAGACAACGGCUUCAUUCUGACGAUAGUGGUACUUUACCUUUAAAGAUAUGUGCUUGCUUUGCUCCAUCUAGAGCUUGGAUUUAUGCACAAAGAGAAUCUGGUAGCAAAGUUGCUAAAAGAAAAUUAGAUUCUUUAUUUAUCAUGGCAUGUCAUGGGAAUUUGAUACAAUAUGAUCUAGAAGCUAAACCUUCUUCCGGAGUUGCAAGAGAAAAAAUAAGCGAUGAUACAAUGAUAGAAUUAGAUGUCGAAGCUAAAGGUCAAUGGCCUCUUCUAAGGUCACCUAAUUCAACGGAUAUUCUACCACCAAUACCAUUAUCAAGUCCUUUGUUUACCGUUCCUACGGUACCCGUUGAAGAUAAACCUUUGGAUAAAGAUGAAGAUGCUUGGUUAAGUCAAGUGGAAAUGGUAACCCAUGCUGGACCACAUAGACGAUUAUGGAUGGGACCACAAUUUGUUUUCAAAACAUAUAACGCACCUAGCGGGGUUUCUGUAAACUUGGUAGAAGCAGAGGCGGUUGAAGUUGGAAUUACAGGUUCAUGUUCGGCAAGGUCAAAUCCUGUUAAUAUGCCACAUGCAGCUUCUAGACCUUCAGUUCCACUUGUUAUCGAUGGAUCAGGAAGUAGUUACGAACAAUCACCAAGAUUUAUGGAAGCUUAUGGAGACUCAUUAGAUAAUGAACAUAUUGGCGUUGGCAGUGGGGAAAGUCAAUUAAGAGAAGAUUUAGCAGAUGCUAUGUUGGAAACAUCAAUUGCUCCGCAUCAUGCUCCUGGGAGGCGCUCGGUAUUUGAGAGGGUGGGUCAGCCAGUAACUAAAGUCGUCAACCCUCUUGGCACCGUGAUAACAGUGUCAGCUGACGAAGAGGAUGUCAGCUCUAGUCAAGAGUUUGACUCCGCGGAGGAGAGUCUGGUUCCUGAAGCACCGAGGAGUGUUUGCGCAGAAGAGGGUCCUGCCUCGCUCGGUGAUCUUGAGCCACCAUCUUGUUGUCAGACAUUACGUGAUCUAACAGAAAUAUGUGCAGAAAUGCGUUCGGCAAGCGAACCGGCUAUUGACAGCGUAUCGGAUGAAAAUAUUCGUGAUGUUAAAGAAAGAAAAGAACUUUGCGUAGAAGUAGCAUCUAUGAAAUCAGCGGGAAUAGAUUUUGAGAGAGAGGAUGCAUUUCAGGAUGUACCAAGUGGAUUGAGUCUUUGUGCUGAACAAGGUGAGAUACCAAGCAGUCCCAUGACACAAGCCAAAGAGAGUACUGCUCGAUCUAGAAGAAGUAACAAAUAUGAGCAGCAUGCACAUGAAACGCAAGAAUUCAAUUUAGCUAAAGCUAAAUAUGUCGUUAAUUAUGACGAAGAAAGUGUCGUAUUAAUGGAAAACAAAUUGUCAUCUGAUAAAGUUAAUCUAAUGCGUGAAAAGGCUCAACAAACAUCCUUCUCCUCCUUUCCCUCUUCUUCCUCCUCCGCUUCUUCUUCUUCUUCUUCUUCUUCUUCUUCACGACAUCAAAGUAGUAAGGAUAAUGAGAAAAUUAUUACCAAGAAACAAUCUCAUAAAGAAUCUAAAAUACGUAUUGACAAAUAUGUUGUACAAGAAAAAGAUGACAGCGUUGUUGUCAAGGAUUAUUCAACUCGGUGCGUUGAUACAAUUAAUCAUUGUAUUGGUAAAAAACAUUGUGAUACAUUGAAAAAUAAUCAAUGUGGAUCGAACGAUGAAUGCGUUUCAAAAAUAGAUCAGAAAAUUACUACAGACAAUUCCAAAAUUAAAUCGGAACAUUCAAGUGGUAGUACUGAUAAAUCAUUCGUAGAAUUAGAUAAACCUAAUGUUAAUACCGCUGAUAUUAUGAACGUCGAAUGUAAAGAAGAAAACGAAACAAUUCCAUCGGAUGAUUUUAAUUCUAUGGAAUAUCAUUUGGUAGAUAGUAAUUGUCCUAUCAAAGAUACUAUGGUGUCUGAUCACUCGGAUGAAGACAUUGAACAUAUUCAACGUUCUGAAUUAUUACGUGUUCGUGAAUCUGAUAAAGAAAAUUCGGAAAAAUCCAUAGAUUUACCUAAUUACUCUGAUUCUUCACCUAUUACUCAAAGGAAAAAUAGUAAAAGUACAAUAUCCGAUGACGAUCUUGAGUAUAUACAUAUAAAUGAACUUUCAGAGAUGACAGAUAAUAAAUAUAAUUUAGCAACAAUGUCUAGCAACGUUGAAAAAUCUGACGAGGAUUGUUCUAUGUCUUCUAAAGGACAAAGCAAACAUACAUUAUCCUCCGAUGAUGAUCUUGAACAUGUACAACAUUCGGAUGUUUGUUCAUCAACGUUAGAAAUAAAUUGUCCAAAAACCACAAUGGAUACCGAAUUAAAUUUAAAUGUUAAAUCAUCCAGUCAAGAAACAAUGCGAACUGUUAACAAAUCAAAACCAAUUAAAAGACGAAAAAAUAUUUUUGUCAUUGAGGAUAACACUACUGAAGACGUAGAAGUAACCGUUAUGGUUGAUCCUAUGGAUAAUUGGAUUCCAUGGAAUAAUCCAUGUUCAGAUGAAAACACGACAGAAGAAGCACAACAUUGGGCAGUCACCGAUAAACGUUCCAGUUCUGUAGCUAAAUCUUCAGAAACUAUUCGCGGAGAGCAACCAUCAGCUGUAGGAAGAAAAUUAAAAGGUACGAAAAAACGUAAGGAUAUUGUAGUUAUCAAUGAAAAACCUCAGAGUAACAUUGAUCCUUCGACUGUUGUAUCAACGUCCAACCAACAGACAAAAAUUCCUAGUAAUUUUCCAACUGUAUUAGAGAGUAAUCCAUUAGAACAAGCAAGUAGUAAAUCUAAGAUUGUUAAGAAACCAAAAGAUAUUCCAUGGGUUGAUAAUGGUAAACAAGCGUGUAAAAUUAAAAGAAAUAAAAAUAAGAAGGAUAUUGAAGUAAAAGAAAUCUGGGGAUCUGAAGUCAAUGAAUUCUGGGGAACCGAACUAAAUCUUGUUGACGAGGAUUUAACUGAAGAUAAUGUAGAAGUAACACGUGGAUCACAAAGUAAUAAUGAUAUUGAAAUAAUAGACAUGGAUUCAAUGGACAAAGUAAGAAUGAUCUGGAAUCGGAGAUUACCAUCUCGUAUAAAAUCAAUGAGCACAAUUGUAACCAAACCAAGAGAUCCAACAAUAAGAAUAGCAAAUCCGAUAACCUCAACUAGUACUCUAGAUGCAAAACCAUUGUUCUGUUGUUCGCGAAAAGUAACCACAACCAAAUUACAGGAACAACCUGAGGAAUCAAGUACAACAACUCCUAGAGUUUUUUGGAGUUCCAUACUUAAGAAAAAGAAUACACCUUCUAGUGAGAGUGAAAUUUCACGUAAGGAAUCUGAUCUUGAGCCUUUGGUAGAAGUCGAGGAAAAGUCAGAAGAAAAAUUCAAAAUUCAAAGUACAUUGUCUACUGAAAUCUAUGAAAAUUUAGAUGACGAUACAAUAAAAAAAGAUGAAGAAGAUACAAAAGUUGAGGUUAAUAUCAUGGAAGAAGAUGAAGAAGAAGGAGGUGGAGUAGAAGGAGUAGGAGAAGAAAACGAAGAAGAAGAAGAAGAAGAAGUAGUAGCAGAAGCAGAAGUAGAAACAGAAGGGAUAAAAAUGAUGGAAAAAGUAGAAGAAACAACAAAUGUUAAUACAACAACAGUGGAAACAAUAUUGUCCAAUACUUCAGAGAGCGAACAUCAACAAGUAGAGAAAAGAAGAAAUGAUUCGGAUCAAGAAAUCUUACCAGAACGUUCUGGUUCACCUGAUGAAUUGAAUACUAAUGGUAACGCAGCAUCCGUGGAUGUUCUCGAAGGAGAAUUAUCCGAUAGAAAGGAAUACGUUGAGAAAACUAGCAGCGUAGGUUGUGUUACAUCAACCUUAGGUGCCUCAAAGAAAGGCAUUAGAUCAAAAAAGAAAAAGCGUAGAUGAGUGGAGGAUUGCGUGGAUGUGCCCAAAGCUAGCUUGGCCCUUUACAUACUGUUAAUGCAAGUGACCGGAGUAGAUUAGCAUCGGUUUCAAAAUGCCUUAGGUUUUUAUCAUUCACAUUGUAUCAUAGUUCACUCGGAUAAAUAAUCUGAUAUUUCAAAAUCAAAUAAGACAUAAGGUCGAUUAAAAUCAUUUAAUCAGGAUUUUCAAGAACAGAAUAUUAGAUCAUUCGAUAAUGGUAGUAGAUUUGCAGUAAUGAUAUCUUUCUCUCUCUCUCUCUCUCUUUCAAUCUAGCUAUCUGUCUCUCUCUCUGUCUCUCACUCUCUCUCAAAUUUUUAAUUAUUUCACUUAACAGGAUUAAGUGGUGCUUAAUAUCAAAGUAUUCUUUACAAUUUAAAACAUUACACACCUACUCUCAUAGAUUUUGUAUUAAUAACCUUCAUUUGUUUUGAAGAAUUUCUCAAGGGGGUUAUCUACAAACGAUGAUUACCCUAAUUUCUCAGUAUAUUUGAUUUAAUAAGUAGUCAACAAUUGAACAAGUAGAUAAUAAAAAUUAACACUUUAAUGGCCGGCACAUCUAUGCAGUCAAAUAUUGCCAGAGGCUAACGAUAUUUUUGAAGAAUUAAUUUAAAUAAAUGGUGUGAGUGGGGGGAAGCUAAUGGUUGGUUCAACACCAUCAUACACAUAUUGUGUGAGCGGCCAUUAAAGUGUUAAAAGAAUAAUAUUUGUAGUAUAGAUCAAGAGUUAAUUGAAUCAUCCAUCUAAUUACGAUUUUCAUAUUAAAAAAAAAAAAAAAAGU